ACUCGUCUGUUUUUUCGCGAUUCUAUAUGCCGGCUGGCUGUGUUUCCUUUAUUGUGCAGUAAAUAGAAGUUAAAAGAGCAAAAAAAUGUCUGACAACGACGAUGACUUCAUGUGCGAUGAUGACGAGGACUACGGUUUGGAAUAUUCCGAGGAUAGCAAUUCGGAGCCCGACGUGGAUCUGGAGAAUCAGUACUACAACAGCAAGGCCCUGAAGGAGGAGGAGCCCAAGGCGGCGCUGGCCAGUUUCCAGAAAGUUCUCGAUCUGGAGAAUGGCGAAAAAGGAGAGUGGGGCUUCAAGGCCCUCAAGCAGAUGAUUAAGAUCAAUUUUCGAUUGCUCCCCCAGUGCAACUAUGACGAAAUGAUGGUGCGUUAUAAGCAAUUGUUGACGUACAUCAAGAGCGCCGUCACCAGAAAUCACUCGGAAAAGAGCAUCAACUCGAUAUUGGACUACAUUUCCACUUCCAAGAAUAUGGCUUUGUUGCAGAACUUUUACGAGACCACUCUGGAUGCCCUGAGGGAUGCAAAAAACGACAGACUGUGGUUCAAGACCAACACGAAGCUGGGCAAACUCUACUUUGAUCGCAGCGACUUUACCAAGCUGCAGAAGAUACUGAAGCAGCUGCACCAGAGCUGCCAGACGGACGAUGGCGAGGAUGAUCUCAAGAAGGGCACCCAACUGCUGGAGAUCUACGCCUUGGAGAUACAAAUGUACACCGUGCAGAAGAACAACAAGAAGUUGAAGGCCCUGUACGAGCAGUCGCUGCACAUCAAGUCGGCCAUUCCGCAUCCUUUGAUUAUGGGCGUAAUCCGGGAAUGCGGUGGCAAGAUGCAUCUGCGGGAGGGAGAGUUCGAGAAGGCGCACACCGACUUCUUUGAGGCGUUCAAGAACUACGAUGAGAGCGGCUCCCCCAGGCGAACCACAUGCCUGAAGUACUUGGUCUUGGCCAAUAUGUUGAUGAAAUCUGGCAUCAAUCCGUUCGACUCUCAGGAGGCCAAGCCGUAUAAGAAUGAUCCCGAAAUACUCGCCAUGACCAAUCUGGUCAAUUCCUAUCAAAACAACGACAUCAACGAGUUUGAGACCAUUCUGCGCCAGCAUCGCAGCAACAUCAUGGCCGAUCAGUUCAUACGCGAGCAUAUCGAGGACCUGCUGCGGAAUAUACGCACCCAAGUGCUCAUUAAACUGAUCAGACCGUACAAGAACAUCUUUAUACCGUUUAUAGCCAGUGCCCUGAACAUUGAGCCCGCCGAAGUGGAAAGCCUUUUGGUCUCCUGCAUUUUGGAUGACACCAUCAAGGGACGCAUCGAUCAGGUGAAUCAGGUGCUGCAGCUGGACAAGGUCAAUAGCAGCGCCGCCCGCUAUAAUGCCCUGGAGAAAUGGUCCAACCAAAUCCAUUCGCUGCAGUUUGCUGUCGUUCAGAAAAUGGCCUAAAUCUACGCCCUGUUUGUGGCUUUUAAAACCCCAUUAAAGUAUCUAGAAUAUA